AUGUCGUUUAAUUUUACGUGGCCGACCUUCUCCGCAGAGUUCUACAGCAAUGCUAUCCAUACACUCACAACGGCGCUGAACCGUGGGCAGAAACCCAAGGCCAUUGUGGGUGAUAUCGUCGUGCAGGAGCUGCAUAUGGGGACGGUGCCGCCCGAGCUCGAGAUCCUCGAGAUCGGCGACCUGAGCAGGGACCGCUUCCGCGGCAUCUUCCGCUUUGUAUAUGCGGGCGACGCGCACCUGGAGCUGUCGACAGGCGUGCAAGCGAACCCCCUGGCCCGCAGCAGCGAGUCGCUGGGCCUGCUGGCGGGCCCUGCGGCGUCACGCGGCAUGCUCUUUGCCGCGAGCCCCCUCACUGUGCCGAUGCGUGUGCGCCUCUCUGACGUCAAGCUGCGCGCGAUUGUGGUGCUUGUCGUCUCACGCACCAAGGGCAUCACGCUUGUGUUCAAGAACGACCCACUCGAGAGUGUCCGCGUCAGCUCGACGUUCGACAGUGUCGGUGUGAUCCAGAAGUACCUCCAGGAAGAGAUUGAGGGCCAGCUGCGCGAAAUGUUCCGCGAGGACCUGCCAGGCAUCAUUCACCGGCUCAGCCAGGACUGGCUGCGCACCGAGACGGCGGAGCGCGCGUCGCCAGCGCCGCCACCGAGGCCGACGACCGACGCGCCGCCGCCGCCUGACCGGCCCGCCACGCCGCCGCUCGUGCGGGAGCCAUGGUCCAUGGAUGACAGCGCCGAGACGCCGCUCUCGGUGCUGGCGCUGGAGAAUGCGGCGCCCCAGAGUGGCGCGCCUGGCCUCACGCGCCUGGCGUCGACGCACGGCUCGUCGCGCGGGCUCAAGGACCUCGUCGAGCCACGCACCCAGAGUCCCACACGCGCGCGCACCUUUCACACGACGAGCCGCGUGCGUGCGCCUAUCUGCUGCGGGCGAACCACACGCUGA